AUGGAUGAAGUUCGAGAUCUGAUUGACGAAAAACAGGUAGCGCUAUUCGAUGCAAUUGACCGCCUAUCGAACCUCGGAGUCGCCAGCGAUAUUGAAAUUCCCCAGUUGAUUGUGGUGGGCGACCAGAACAGCGGCAAGAGCUCUACCCUAGAAGCCAUCACUCGGUUUCAAUUUCCUGUGCAUGAACGGGUCUGCACUAGGUUCCCCAUCAAGCUCAACCUCAGAAAAUCUACCGAUCAGAGCACCCGUCUUUCGAUUGAGCCUGGACUCUCCCGGCAAGAUGAAGACAAGAAGAGACUAUACCAAUUUACCGGUUCUUUGUCCAAGCUGAACGAGUUGGGCGACUGGAUGGAGAAAGUAGCCGCUGCCUUGGGUGUAGGUCCUAGCACCACCUCUGCUGAAGUUCGAGAUCAGCUACCAGUAGGCGGUAAUCAAAAAAGUUUCAAGGGUUUUACCGACGACGUUUUUCGAGUCGACAUAUGUGGACCAACCAUGCCUCUCCUCAGCCUGGUGGACCUGCCGGGCCUGUUCCAAGCAGAGAACGACAAUCAACCGGAGGGGAGCAAGCAGACAGUCACAAGCAUACUUCAGAAGUAUAUCGGGUCAAAAAGGAACGUCAUCCUACUUGUUGUUAGCGCUCGAACGGAACUCGCCCGCAGUGGUGGACUAGGUGCAGUUCAGGAGAUUUUUAAAGACGACCCAAAAUUGAGAGAUCGAGUGGUUGGUGUUAUCACAAACCCGGAUCGCCCUGACCAGAGUCUUGAUGAAGUCCUGAGAGUUCUCUGUGGCCACGACAGCCAAAUUAAGCUGAAUGUUGGAUGGCACGUGGUUAGGAACCAGGAUAAAGGUGAGAGAAUCUCUGGGCGACUCGAGGAGAGAGACUCAAGGGAAAAGGAGUUCUUUCGCCUUCCGCAAUGGGAGAAGGUACCAGAGACACAGAAAGGUGUCGGGGCUUUGAGAAAAACCCUCAAGGAUAUGCUCUGGACUCACACACAAAAAGAGUUUCCAAGCCUGGUCUCUGAGGUUCAGGAAAAGAUCGAAAAAGUUAAAGCCAGUCUCUCCGAUAUCAGUCGAUCAAGAGCCACCGAUGCCGAUCGUCGAAAGUACCUUUUUGAAAUAGCCAAGACAUUCGAAGAGCGUACUCGAGAGGCGUCGCGCGGAACUUACUUGGACGAGAAUCGCGAGGAGUUGCACCAGAUUGGCGAGGUUUGGGAAGCCCGGAAAGGCUUCUUCGGUCAGUUCGGUGUCGACUCCGUGGAGAGUCAGGACUCGAGGCUUCGCGCCAGCGUCCGAUCGCUAAGUAAAUGUUUUGGAUCAGCCAUGCGGGAGCUCGGUAAGACGAAGGUCAUGAGUGAUUCCAGUUCCACGACAGACGACGUGGCGAACGAAAGCGCGGAACCCUCUCGACAGGAUGAAGGAACCCAAACAUUCCCUGCCCAAGAAGUUAUCCACCAGUACUAUGCACAUACCAAACCAACGGCCGUCAAUAGAAAGGAGUACGAAGCGUGGUUAGGCAUUGAAAUUGAGCGUUGGGGUGGAAUACAACCCGCUGGGGAGCCAAACGAGGUCGCGUACGCCGGUCUCUUUGAGUAUCAGUCGAAAAAAUGGCGCAAGAUUGCGAAAGAACACCUACGCGCGGUCUGGCACACUAUACAGAGGUUCAUUGACCUGGCACUAGGUGCUAGCGGCGCUGAUGAGGAUGUACUUCAGGGCUUGCGAAAACACUUGAUUGAGCCACGGCUCGCCCAGUUACGCAAACAGUCUUAUGGUACUAUGCACGCCCUCUUCGAGUGCCAUGGACAGGGUAAGACGGGCUUCUAUGACAGCUUCGUUGAAGUUCGACGUAGAGCUGGGGAGAGUAGAACGCAGGACCUCGCUAUGCGGCUGGCCAAUUUUACAAAGGACUACUUUGGUGAAGACUACUUGAAAGAGGGCGGCGACCGGGAAAGGUUGGACAAGUUUAUCCAGGAAGGGAUUAAGAUCCUGCUGCCGUUGUUAACUGGCGUCCCCUCAGCACAGGGUCUCUUCGAAAAUGUGCUCGUUUCCAAGGUGACUCAGGCUCUCGGGUUCUACGAGCAUGGAAAAGGCAAAGAAACGGACGAGACAAGCAUUGGACACAGCCAAGGACAAGAUACAGGUGAGGCAACCGCGCGUGUCAUCGAGCGUGUGGAGUCAUAUUACGAGAUGAGCAUGCUGUCGUUCGUGGGCUACUUCAACUCCCUGGUGGUCGAGACUGGAAUUCUGCAAAAGCUCCCGAAAGCCCUCCUCACCACGGAACUCAUCAUAAGUGAGGACGCGGAAACAAUUGAGAAGAUAGCUGGGGAAAGGGAAGCUGAUGCGGAAAAGCGGCAGCGUGUCGAGUGCGAAUUGAAGAUCCUAAACGAUGUGUUGAAGACUCUGAAAGGGUACCUGGUGACCAAACACCGGUAG